GAAAAAAAAGGCAAACUAGAUUAGAUGAGAAUGAUGAACAUUGUCCUCCAAUGUUAUUGGUUCUUCUUUGCAGUAACUUUUGGUUUUACCGUGCCAUAUGUUUCCGGUUUAACGGUGACUGACGGCGUCUUCCCAGGAUAUGUUGUGGCACAAGAUGGGACGGGGGACUACACAACCGUGAAAGAAGCGGUGGAUGAAAUUGAUAAGAUAAGCGAAAGUUGGGGGAGAUUUGUAAUUUAUGUGAAAACGGGGGUGUACAACGAGAACGUUGAAAUUUAUAGGAGCAACGUGACGUUAGUUGGUGAUGGAAUUGGGAAGACUAUCAUCACUGCAAACAAGAGCAGUGCAAAUGGCUCCUCAACAUAUGCUUCUGCUACUUUUGCCGUGGAUGGAUCGGGAUUCAUGGCACGAGGCAUCACAUUCAGAAACACCGCCGGAGUCGGAAACGGACAAGCCGUGGCGGUCCGGUGCAGCUCAGAUUUCGCGGUCUUCUAUCACUGCAGCUUUGAAGGCUAUCAAGACACUCUCUACUACCACUCUGACCACCAAUUCUACCGAGAAUGCGACAUUUACGGCACCGCCGACUUCAUCUUCGGCUUCGGCGCGGUGGUCUUCCAGAACUGCAACAUUUUCGUGCGGAACCCCUCGCCGGGAAACACCAACACCAUCACCGCCGACGGCCGCCGUGACGACGGCGCAAACAGAGUCGGCGGCGGAGCAUCCUUCCACAAGUGCACAGUCACGGCGGCGCCGGACCUGAAGGGCUCCGAGGCCUCCGUGAGGACCUACCUCGGACGGCCGUGGAGCAAUUACUCAACGACCGUCUUCAUGGAGUCAUUUUUGGACAGCUUGAUUGAUCCGGCCGGCUGGUCGGCGUGGAUGGCGGUGGCCCCGCUAAACACUUUAUACUACGGCGAGUAUAUGAACUAUGGGCCGGGGGCGUCAACGGCCCAAAGAGUCAAUUGGGCUGGGUAUCAUGUCAUCAAUGACCCCGCCGAGGCUUCUAAAUUCACCGUGGGAGAAUUCAUCGACGGCGACUCUUGGUUACCCUCCACAGACGUUCCCUUCAUUUCCGGCCUCUCAUAAUUAAUACUCUGUACUCUUUAGAAAGAAAUUAAUUAUUCACUCCUAAUUCAUUUCAAUCACUUGUUGUUUAAUUGUGUAUAUAUAUUACUUCAAAAAGAAAUGUAUGUAUAGAUAUAUCAUACUACGUAUAUGUUUAUUAC